AUGCCCUUUGUGCGAGUGCCUGAUGCAGGCGAGUACUUUGCUUUAGUAGGAGUUGACGGGGGCCUCUCCCUAUGGAACUGUAUGGGCAUGUGCCUUCAGCCAGUUGAUUUUUCUGGAGAAAAGCUGGAGGCUACAGUUUGUUGCUUUUCUCCAUCGGGGCAGCGAAUUGUAUUUACCACGCGACAGGGCUACCUUGGUGUUGCACAACUGAGGCUACCAGUUGUCCAUGGCCUUCAUCGUGAGGUGUAUGCCCGUCGGACAUCUCUUUGCGAGGUCACUGUUCGCAAUCUGCUAACAGACGACACUCUGUCUAUACAGUUUGAUGGGCUCGUCCUGAAGAUUGCAGUGUACAGACGUUUUCUUGCUGUCCAACUUGAUGGAUGCAUCAUCAUCGCAGAGCUUUCUACAGAGGCAUCUGGUGCUAUGAAGCAUCGUGAAGUCCACCGCCUACGCGGAUCUUUUGAAUGUUCGCUUAUGCUGCUAACGGCGAAAGAAGGAAAACAAUGGACGCUGAGAGCUCCCGUUCGCUACGUUAGGGUGCUUGGGGGUCCUCCUGGGGCAGAGACGCUGCUCGUCGGCCUUAAAAAUGGAGAGGCGCUCUAUGUGUUCGCGCAUCAGGGGCUUCCACUACCUCUGCUGCAGCAUCGUGUUGGGAUUGUUUGCAUGGACGUCUCCGCCGAGCGCAAUAGACUUGCUAUUGUCGAUGAAGAAAAGGAGCUCUACAUUUACGACCUGCGUAGUAAAAAAAGCGUGUACUCUCAACAAGAUUGUACUUCAGUUGCCUACCACCUUUCCGUCGAUGAUUUAUUGGCUUUCACUGGCCGGAAAACUCUAUUUAUAAAAGCAGGACCUGCUGAGACAUGCCAACAGACUUGUCAUGGGAUCGUGGUUGGAUUUUUGGGGUCAUUCACAUUUUGCCUGCACUGCCGAGAAAUGCUGCGAAUCAAGGUUAAUCAUACGGCUUCCGUACAACAGCUCAUAAGGAGAGGCUACAUCAGAAAAGCGUAUAACGUAGCCUGCCUGGGGGCAACGCAGGACGAAUGGAAGCAGUUAGGGCUCCAAUGCAUGCUGAUAGGGGACCUCCAACUUGCACGCAAAGCGUUUCAGCACCAAAAUGACUUGAGGGCUAUAUGCUUAAUAAAUCACGUGGAAUCGGAGCUACAAUCGUUAAAAGUGAGUAAAGAGGCCCACCAGCAUAUGUGCAGGGCGUAUGCCAACGCAUUUGUCCAGAACUUCGCAGCUGCCGCAGACGAAUGGGCAGCAGCUGGCUUUCCCCAAAGAGCGUCAGAGAUGUUUGCAGACCUGCGAAGGUACGCGUAUAUCGUGAAUAGACCUGGGAGGCAGCUGACAGGUAGAGUGUCCAUAUUGGUUGCCGUGCAGUAUGCCCCUGUGUAUGAUGCGUUUUGUAUGAUGCGUGAAUUUUGGUGUGGGGGACCAAACUUCAGGUGGGGGGAUGCACGGCUCUGGGAUAAACUCGCUGCACAGUUCAAAACAGAAGCGUCAGAUUCAGGGAAACAGAUGAAAGCAGCAACAGACUCGUCCGCGACGCCAGAGGAGACUGCGGGAGGAAACAUAGAGCAAGCUUCACUGCCUGACCUUCCAAAAGAACAGAAUGAGCCAGUGGUCCACCACGAAUUGAGGGAGGCUGCAGCAUUAUACCUUGCCACAGGGCAACUGGAGCGAGCCUGCAGAAUUUAUGCGAAGCUAGGCGAGAUUCGCAGCCUGGCCGAAGUCAUGAGGAGAUGCAAAGCGCAACAAAUUGCACAGCUGCGUGCGGAAUAUGGGCAGCCAAAGCUGCAAGCGCACAGGCGAACGCUGGAUGGCAGCGGGGAAUACCCUGAGGACUACGAAGCUUCUGUGACUCUGCGCCUUGUUGCUUGUAUCUUUGAAGAGAGCGGCCAAAUGAACUUAGCCCAGGAGGCUAUGCUGGCUCUAGGAGACACAGUAGGGUAUCUAAGAGUCCUAAUGCAGGCUGGACGGUGGGAUGAAGCCGUGUCUCGAGCAGAGCAGGAUCCAAGCCUUCUUCAACAAGUGCUUUUACCAUGGGGUCAUGAACUUAUCCGUCAAGACGAGCCAGAGCUGGCCAUUAGCGUAUUUCGACGAGCGGGAAAAGAACAUUUGGCACUGAGAGUGCAGAGCUCUUUACUAGAAGGCGCUGUAUCUCAAAAAUUUUUUGCCCAGGCAGCAGAGCGGAGUUGGGCACUAGCUACUGCUUUUGCCAACCUGGCUGAUUCCAGUAGAGAGGGGCCACAUCACCCAUUGAGUUUGACUGACUAUGAGGGAGCAACCACGGCUCAUCAGUCUCUAAACAGUACUACAGCAGGCCCUUGGGGUUUGCCUGCAUGUGUCUCACGCUUCCUUACGUGUUACUUCAGGCGUCUCUCAGAGGUUUAUGGUGUCUAUUUCGUGCUGAUGUGCCAGGCUUCCUCUGUACUGCCAAAAGCUAAAAUGCCAGCGCAUGCCGUCUUAAGGGCCUGCAUUUUUUUAUGGUCGCAUGCACUAGCGCCAUUAGGGCAGGCUGCUUGCGUGAAGCAGCUUGAAAAGACAACGGCAUGCUACUUUGCACCUUCUACAGAAAGCAAACAGCCAAAGUUGAUUUUAGAAGGGGCAAAACGAUGGAAAUCUGGAUUAGGGAGUCUGCCAAAUUGGCGUUUGCCACAGUGGUGGCGUGAUGCUCAUGAUGCUCUUGAUACAGAUGCAGUGCGGACGAAGCUAAACCUUUGUGGGAUCCGAAUUUAUCGCCGUGUAAAAGGUAUUAGGACAUUUCUUGUGUUGCGCCUCAUGACGGAGGCAGCGCUUCAGUUACAUGACUUUGAGACAGCAGCUGCAGCAUGCCAGGAACUUCGUCGUCUUGCACUGAGAGGCUCUGAGCAGCAGAAAAGAGCCGAGCUGGAGUUGAAGGUCAAAGCAACGCAUGCUUCUUUCAGGCCUGAGGCCGGCCUUGCUGAGGCAUCUGGAGCCUUGACAAAGGCCGUAUGUGGCUUGUGCAGGGCCUCAGUGACUUUGCUGACCUCGGAAGCCGUCCCAUUAGGUGCAGAUUUAAGCUGUGGAAAGUGCGGGUGUCCUAUUACAUUGGAGUUCGGCACAUUCGCUCCGAUAAUGGCAAUCGAGUGCCGCCGGGUGGAUAGCGCAGAGCUAGUCAACGGGCACCUAUCCUUUCCUUCCGGCAAAGAUUUUUCUCCAGAUGAGCUCUUCCUCGAAACUAUUAAAGAGAGUGUCAUCCAGCCAGUUGCAUCAAGACCUUCGCUGAAGGAGGAGCCCUUCGGCCCUGUAGAAUUCCAGCCGCCGGCACUGAGUCAAAGUUUCCUGCGCAACCAGCCACGUGAGAAACUUAUAUGGCGCACGAACAGUGGCCUCGAGGGUUGUACCGGCUCCAAUAUCCUGCGAUUAUUUGGACUGCCUCACUCAAAAGCUGAGCAAGCAAUACAUGCCACCUUUUUGCAGGAUUCAGAGGCAGCACUCAGAGACCCUGACAUGUUGAUGGCAUGUGGCACAUGUUCUCAUCUGUUCAUCCAACCACCAGCUUAUCAGAUGUUGUCUUCUGGUAAUUUAUGCAUUUUCUGCGCUAGUGACUGCCCUUUCACUCCAAUCCUUCAGUGUGCGGCACUUGAAUGA